UAGUGUGGAACAUACUGCCAUUGUCAUCGUGAUGAGUACCGACAAGGGCUUAGUACCUUUAACGGGUGAGGAGUGUGAUCCCUUGCAAGUGGCUCUGGACGAUGCACAGCAAUGGAUGAACGAGUUUGACGUUGACAGCGGUCCCGCGAUUGACGGAUUCGCCAUUGACAGUGACGACGACGACGACGACGAAGUAGGCACGGUAGAUAUUCCUUUGGACGACGAGACGGAUGCAGUCGUCAACCCGAGUCGACGGGAAAGCAAUACCACCAAGAAUAGUACUAGUACUGGUAGUACUAGUGGAAACGGAACCAGCGUUGGUGCGGGAACGAACGUCGGGACGGAACUUGAUUCGACCUUACUGCAUCCGUUGAGUGAUGAUUUCCUCCAAUCCCGAGACUCGUCCUUGGGAAUGAAUACGGAAAACGCGAGCAACAACAAUACUACGAUUGGGACGGAACGAUUGGUCGGGGCCUCCCCUUCGCCGUCGUCGACCUUCUCGGAUGGUUUGAAUCCCCACGGUACGGGAGAUGCCAACAACAUCCAAACGACGACACCCAAUCACGCCAGUAUGGGAAAUAUCCAUCCGACGCAUGCCGCUCAAUCACUCCACACCACUACGGGAUACUCGGCAUCGUCGUCUCCUCACUCUACCGCUGCUUCCAUGGACGUUUGGAAAUCACACACUACCCGCUUGGCGUCGAAUUUUGUCCAUUUGGCAACGCGUGCAGCCAGUCAGGUAGCUCACGCGGCAACGUCUACCAAUCAAGCGUCGUCGCAGGGAUAUUCCACGACGAUGGGUACUGGUGGUGGAGUGUACGACGCUCCCUCGGCAAUCCACACGGGGCCGUCGAAACAGCCCGUCCCGUCCGGGUACAGUCCCAGCGUCACGGGAACGUCUCCGAGAGUCCCGCCGUCCCACGCGGCCUCGACCAACGGGACAAUCCCUGCCGGAGCUAACAACAACACUAGCAUCAACAGCAUGCCGUCUUCUCUGCCGGUCGUCGAACUCGACAAGGAGCAAAAGGAAUUGCUCGUACAAACCCACGUGGGUGAUCUACUCCCGGGAGAAAAGAUUAUCAUGUUUCUGUCCAAUCUUUUACACGUCAGUGAUUCCUCCGGCUUUACCUACAGCCACCAAACGGAACCCUCCACCACUUGGUUCUGCGCCAUGACCUAUUAUCGGUUGCUGUUGUUCGGGACGCAUCCAAUCUCGUUGCCCUCCAAACCAGCCGACUGGAACGGUAGCGCCUGGCCGCGGUACAGUUCCGGUUCGCACAAACCCGCCUUGUGGCAGAUACCGUUAUCCGCCAUUGACAAGGUGGAUAAAUCCGUCUUUAGUGCGACCGCAUCCCAUACCACCAACCCGACGACUCUCAUGGGUCUCGCCCUGCUCGGCAAAGACGGACGAGUCCUGCGCUUUACGACUCCCAGUUACGCGGACACCCUGCGAGCGCACGAGGCCCUGCAAACGUACGCCUUUCCAGGCCGACGCAAUUUGGGUUAUCUCUUUGCCUUUGAAAGCAAACGGGAGGCGGUUUUGGCCAGUGUCACUACGGACGCAACGACCGGGACGCAGGCCGUCACGUUGCCACCGACCCGCAAACGCUUCGACGCGGUUCCGGAAUUUGAACGGCAGUUCCGGAAAGGGUCCGUCCCCUGGACGAUCUGGCAGAAUUUGAACGUAUCCUACCAGACGUGCGGGAGUUAUCCGGACGUUCUGGUGGGCCCAGCCGCCUUGGACGACUCCCAACCGGAUGGCCAGAGUAUUAUUCGACAGUGCGCGGCGUUCCGAUCGGAGCAUCGUUUACCCGCAUUGACGUGGAGUUCUGGUAUCGACGGGGCCUCCUUGUGGCGGGCUUCGCAACCCAAAAUUGGGUUGCAGGGCAAUCGCAGUGCGGCGGACGAGCUGUUCCUCCAACACGUGUUGGAAUCGGCGCGUUCCGCCAACGCCGUUUCGACCCAGUCACCGAAGCACUGGGACAAUUUCACCCGUGUUACCCUGCAAGCGCUCACGGGCAAGACGGAUCUGCAGCCCUUCUUGCCGGAUCCCAACGUGGGUCUCAAGAUUCUGGAUUUGCGACCCCGCAGUGCCGCCAUGGCCAACCGCACCGGUGGAUACGGAUACGAGAACGUAUCCAACUAUGCCGGUACGACUUUGCAAUUUUGUAACAUUGGCAACAUCCACGCCGUCCGGGAUGCCUACCAAAAAGUGACGGCGCUCUGUACGAACAGCAACGUGGCGGAUGUGCAGUGGAACGCUUUGGUGGAGGAUACAAAAUGGUUGAGUCACCUGCGUAUUAUUCUGUCGGCCAGCUGGGAAGCCGCGUACUGGAUACACGUACACCGUUUGCCGGUAUUGAUGCACUGUUCGCACGGCUGGGAUCGCACCAGUCAAGUGGCCGUUUUGACGCAAUUGUUGCUGGAUCCGUACUACCGGACUCGGGAAGGCUUUGCCUGUGUGGUGGAAAAAGAUUUUAUGAGUUUCGGUCACCCUUUCCAUACGCGGUGUGCGCACGGUGAAGGCCGCGGCAACGAAGACACCAAAACGACCAGUUCCGAUGAGGGGCAAAUAUCUCCCAUUUUUCUGCAAUUUCUCGAUUGCGUGUACCAGAUCGUUUCGUUAUAUCCGGAAUGUUUCGAAUUCAACACGAAAUAUCUGUUGUUGCUGAGCGAGCACGUGUACAGUUGUCGGUUCGGUAGCUUCUUGUGCGACACGGAGCGGGAACGAGAAAUGGUGGCGGGCAUUCGACAACGUACACAUUCGGUGUGGGAUUAUUUGGAUGGCCGGGAUGAUCUAUUGUCGCCCUUGUACGAUUCGACGGUGGCCGACGGGGUUUUGCUCAUGCCUCUACCGACCCUGCUGCGACACGUGUCGUUGUGGACCGAUCGUCACUGCCUCCACGGACCGAAAUCGACCCAGCGGUGGUGGCCCACGGGGUUGUAUAAACCCGUCAACCCCGAAGCGAAUCAAGAAUCGAGCGCAUUGGAAACCAAAGAAGAAAUGGCCCAGUGGAUGUGGAAUACGGGGGUAAACGCCAGUGUCGGGUCCACGUCCACAGCACCGGCGGCGGCGGCGACGGAACCGUCGUUGACGUCUGGUAGUAUCGAAUAA